AUGUCCAACCAGGAUCUGAAUGUCACAGCAAAGCUCAUCAAUGGAGGCGUGGCAGGGCUCGUGGGGGUGACCUGCGUGUUCCCCAUCGACCUGGCCAAGACUCGACUGCAAAACCAGCACGGAAAUGAUAUCUACAAAGGAAUGAUUGAUUGCCUGAUGAAGACGGCCCGAGUGGAGGGCUUCUUGGGCAUGUACCGAGGGGCAGCAGUGAACCUAACCUUGGUCACUCCGGAGAAGGCCAUCAAGCUAGCAGCCAAUGACUUCUUCCGGCAGUUGCUCAUGGAAGAUGGGGCACAGCGCAAUCUGAAGAUGGAGAUGCUAGCUGGAUGUGGAGCUGGAAUGUGCCAGGUGAUUGUGACCUGUCCCAUGGAAAUGCUCAAGAUUCAGCUGCAGGAUGCUGGACGACUUGCGGUCCAUCAUCAGGGUACAGCCUCAGCACUUUCCUCCUCUAGGUCCUAUACGACUGGCUCACCUUCCACCCACAAGCGCCCAUCUGCCACCCACAUUGCAUGGGAGCUGCUUCGUACUCAAGGCCUGGCUGGCCUCUACAAGGGUCUAGGUGCCACUCUCCUCAGAGAUAUCCCCUUCUCCAUCAUCUACUUCCCACUGUUUGCUAACCUUAACAACCUUGGGUUCAACGAGCUUACUGGGAAGGCUUCCUUUGCUCAUUCCUUUGUGUCAGGCUGUGUUGCAGGUUCUGUAGCUGCUAUUGCAGUAACCCCUCUGGAUGUUUUGAAAACUCGCAUCCAAACCCUCAAGAAAGGCCUGGGUGAGGAAGUCUACAGUGGGAUCAUAGACUGUGCCAGGAAACUCUGGAUUCAGGAGGGACCAUCUGCCUUCAUGAAAGGAGCAGGCUGCCGAGCCCUUGUCAUAGCACCUCUCUUUGGGAUUGCCCAAGGUGUCUAUUUCAUUGGUAUUGGAGAACGUAUCUUAAAAUUUUUUGAGUAGAUGCUGGCACUGGAGGCCUUUACUUGCUGCCAUCUACCUAUCCCAUUCCACCUAGACUAGAUGGGG